GAUUCUUCUUCUCCUUCGCCUGCUUCUUCCUCAAGUCCAACUUCAACUAACAGCAACUCGUCGAGUCCAACUUCAACUAACAGCAACUCGUCGACAUCAACGUCUAGAAUGCCUUCCUCUUCAUCC